GCAGGUUCGCGGAGCGUCCGGGCGCCAUGUCCGCCGGGGCAGUGGUGGUGCUGCUGUCCUGUCUGAGCUGCUGCGGCUCGGCUCUGUGGAGAUAUCACGUUAACAGCCCAAACUACCGCAUUUUUAGUACCAGAAGUACUAUUACAUUAGAGUAUGAAGGAACAUUAUUUUCUGAGUGGAGUGUGCCAAGAACUUGUUCUGUGAAAAAUAAACGUUCGCCUAAGACAGAGCUGCGCUGUUCUUCUCCGGGCAUUCAGACUAUAAGACCAAUUGUUACAGGGCCAGAUUUAGAAGAAGAACGCAAUUUAUUUGUGGGCAGUUCUAAUACUUGCUUUAUGUGGUAUCAUAGAAUUAUUCCUUUCCAUCAGAAUUUAACCCAGCUUAUCAAGAUAUGGAUAUACGAUCCAGAAAAUGCUGACCCAGAUGAGUUGCUAUGGAAUGCAGUUGGGCCAUCACUAAAUUCCUUUGUACUUACAAAGCAGUUUGCCACUUUGGGACAGAAGCCAGCCAUACAUACAUUUCUGAAGAAAAGAAUAUAUCAUGCAGAUGAAAAACUGGAGGAUGGGGCCUGGCAUAUCUCAAUACCAAUGUCAGCAAAUGAUAUAAUAAAAGAGAUCAGAGGAAAUCAGGUGACUUUUCAAGAUUGCUUUGUUGCAAACAUCCUUUUCCUGCUGGGCUUUACUUGGUUCACAAUACCUGAGGUUCCUGGCUUUUUACCAAUCUCUUCACCACUUGGUAGUCAGUUAAUGAUAGCCUGGGAUACCUGUGCUCCAGCAUCUAUUGUUCUGGUAGCCGAUAUGGAGACCUUUCAAACCAACGAUUCAUUUCGUACUUGGACCAGAAUCAGAGUGCCUCCAAACAUCCUGACUGACGAAGAAAGAAGCAAUGUGUCUGAUGUGAACCUAUCCCGUGAUGGGAUAUUUUUUUUAAUAAAUGGUAUCCUCUAUCUAAAAAGUGUGACCAGAUUUGCAAAACUGGGAAGCAAGGAAAAUCUUCCUGAAGGUGAAAUUAUUGGCAUUAAAACAAGAAAAUGGUGUUGGCACAGCUAUUUAGCGAAGGCUAAUAAAAGAAGCAGCAUGGCAAUCUGGACAAAAAAUGAAUUUUAUCUUGGAUAUGCUCAUCUUAAAUUUGUCAAAAUAAUAGAUACUAAAAGACUGGGGGAAAUCCUACAUAUAAUCCCGACUGCUACUCUGACUAUACAUAAUAUUGAGUAUACAGCACACCCUUUGGAACUUGGCUUGUUGUUAAAUAUCUGUAUUACAUGUAAUGUCAUGAAAAAAAUUCACCUAGUGAUAUAUAAUGAAGAUUCAGAACAGUGGGUGCACAAAGACUUUUCAUUAAACGUCACGAUUGACAGUGUUAUAACUCCAUAUUUUCUGUAUUCAGCAAUACCAGAAUUAAUAGUAUGGGACAAACACAGGAUCUACUAUUUUUAUGACGAUUUCACGACAACUGGAGUUUUACAGACACCUACAGAAUUUGGGAAUCUGUCAAAAUUAUCACAUGACAGUAUUAUUCAUAGCACUUUUAUAGAUUACUAUGGAAAUAUCUUGGUAAAAAUGGAAAAUAAUAUCUUGUUUCAUUCCAAGAUUAAUAUUAGAGAUGCAGUGAAGCUACCUUUAUGGACAAACACUUUAACAAAAUCAGCAUUUUUCUGGAAUUUAUUUAAUGAAAUAAAUUUUGUACAUGUUUUGGGAAAUGGCACACUAUAUGUACAGGAAUAUCCCACAAGUCUGGAAGUACAAAGUAUAACUUUCAAAACAAAAGAAAAAUGUCCCUUUGUGACAUUUCAUACUAAUAUUUAUCAUGUUUUUUACAUCUUGGACAAAGGAGAGAACCUGUCAGGUUGGGCUCAAAUAGUCUACCCAGAAAAUAAUGGUUUGUAUAUUAUUGUGGAACCUUAUGGCCCAAAACUAUUAAAAGAGAAAUACAGUAUUAACUAUGAAAUUGCUUCAGGAUUCUGCACUAAAACCCUGCUCAUGACAUUUUUUCAGACUGCAAAUUAUCAGGCAGUGGGUGAUUACUUCAAGAAGCAAUACCAGAACACGGGUCUUAUGCUUAUGCAGGUCAGGCCUAGUGAAUAUUCAAAAGCAUGUCCAAUACCCCCAAAGGUGUUCCAAAUAGCUGUUGGCUGUGAUCGCACUAAAUUUAUUGUGGUUAAAGGAUUUGGUUACAAAGGUUGUCAGCGGCAUGACUUCUUUUACACUAUUGAAAAGUCAUUUCUGAGGAAUCGACCAUCUACAGACUUGAGAGUAAAAUAUAGUUGGAGAAAAUAUGGCUGCCCAUUGAAACUUGAUUUCAAAGACAAAUUUCACCCUUUGCUUCAACUGUAA